AUUUGUCAGACUUCAUUCCAAGUGUCAAAUAAAAUGUAGUGGUCGUUAUUAUUUGUUGUUGGGAAUAUGAGCUGUAAAACCAUUUGUAUUUGUAAGUCACUAAUCUAUUACCUGAUAAAAGUCUGAAGAAUUAUAAUUAUUAAAUAUAACUACUCUUUGGGUACUGAUAUAGUUUUGUUAGAGUAACUUGGUAUUUACUGGAGUUGAGCAAGUCAGCCUAGUUUUGUAAUCACAGGAUGAUGCAGUUUAUGCUACUUUUUAGUAGACAAGGGAAACUGCGCCUCCAAAAGUGGUAUGUUGCUCAUCCUGACAAGCUGAAGAAGAAAAUAACAAGGGAACUCAUCACAACAAUUUUGGCAAGAAAGCCGAAAAUGUGUAGCUUUUUGGAAUGGAAGGACGUUAAAGUUGUUUACAAAAGGUAUGCUAGUUUGUAUUUCUGUUGUGCUAUUGAGCAAAAUGACAAUGAACUUUUAACUCUGGAAAUAAUUCAUCGAUAUGUUGAGCUGUUGGACAAAUAUUUUGGAAGUGUGUGUGAGUUAGAUAUCAUCUUUAACUUUGAGAAGGCCUAUUUCAUCUUGGAUGAAUUGCUGUUGGGUGGUGAAAUACAAGAAACGUCGAAGAAGAACGUACUGAAAGCCAUAGCGGCCCAAGAUCUCCAACAAGAGGACGAAGCUGUGGAAGGAGCUCUGAGAGAGAUAGGCCUGCUCUAAGCCAACACUACCUGCUUCGCACGUAGCCUAGUGACUUGCACAUUUCCACCCCAAACAUGUCUUCCAUUCCUCACACUACAGUUGGAUUUUAGUUAUGCUCACAUUUUUUUCUUUCGUAUUUUAUUUUAGAACAUAAAAUUUAUAAGGUACACAGUAGAGUAUGAAUUAUUUCUUAAUCAAAUUGUAUACAGUCAUUAUAAUUUGUAUUAUAGUAUAAAAGGGUGGUAUUAAUAAUUGGGGGAUGACUAAGUUUGUUCUUGCCAACUCAGUGGAACUUUGAUCAAGCAGUAAAUUUUGUAAUUCUGUAAUCCAAUAAACUCAAAAAUCAAGUAUGAUAUAUACGUUUGAGAAAAUCCUUAACAGUAACAAAUGUCAAAGGAAAUAUUCUUGUUUUAGUAGAAUUCAUACCAACGUUGUCUCUUGUGUAAGUCAGCUAACAACAGCCUUUACAAAUACCAGUGAAAUAAAAUAGGUAUUUAUUGUUAGAGAAUAUUUUAACAAAGUUUUGUUGCAAUUGGAGUCUUCAGUAGAUAAAUGUAUCUCAACUCCAAGAGUGCCAUGAGAACAGACUUCUCCAUCUUUGUAAUACUUACUCUAUUCUUAUGUUUAGUACCUGAUUUUCAAGUUUAAGGUGCUCCUGUAAAAUCUCCUUUCUAACAAUUUCUGGCUCGUUACAAUACCCCCUUGCACAGCAACCUCUCCUUAUUAAUUGUGGUUAUAUUUGUAGCCUGUAGUGAUGGUAGUUCCAGCCGAAAGUCAUGCAGGUAGCAGUCUUGUGUGAAUUUAACAAUGAAAACAAUUUCAUGGACUUAUUUGUGAUAUUCGUGUCAACAUGCAGAGUUCAAAACAAAAGUAUUUUAAAUGUUACAGUAUUACAAAACUUUUUCAAAACUCUUGUUUACAAUAUUCUGCCAAAGUAAAUUUAUACAUUUGGACAAUACAUUUGUUUAUAAAUUAAUUAAUUCACAUAUUAUGUUUGCUGAGAAAUAUUAAGAAGUGAAAGGAGUUUAACAGCUAUUACUUAUUUCAUUUGGAAGUACAUAAAAGUAUUUUAUCCCUUUUUGUGUCAUAUUUUAUUAGGGUUACUCUUUUAUUUGCGUAAUAUGUGUGUGCACAUAAUAGCACACACACUUUAUAAAGUAGUUAAUAUGAAACACUAAAUAUUGAAGUUUUUUUACAUAGAUAAAAUACAAGUAAGUAAAUAUUAGAUUUCAAACAUAAUGUUUUAUUGAAAAGUUUUGAUAAAUUAUUACUGAUGUCAAAUUAUUAUAUCUAAAAAUAUAUACUAUGCUUGUUAUAAUUUUUUAUCUUAAUAUAUAAUGUACAGUGUGUUUAUAUAACUUAAGGCGCACAAACUAGUCGUUAAUUGAAAAUCGUAUAUUUAAAGUGUUAUUUUAUUUUCCCCAAGUUUAAAAUUUAUUCAGAUUUAUUAAAAUGCUUCAAUAUAGUCUUAAUCAUUGUUGUACCUAGUCUUAGAAUAUUUAGAACCUAUAAUUGUGAAUUAUUAAUCCUUUUACAAUUAAAUGUUUUCCAAAAUUUUAGUGCACUAAUAAGUCAUAACUCAUUCUAGCUGUUUUAAUUAUAUUUUAUGUUUUGGA